CUCUCUAACAUAGAGAGAGAGAGAGAGAGAGAGAGAGAGCUGCAUAGCAAACAUAGUGCUCCACAACUCACAUUCAUCUCAGCUAGAAUCCAGAAUGAGCUAAGAGCGAGCAAGAAGAAGCUAAGAAACCCUAGAAAACAUUUUUUUUAUAUAUAAAGAACAUGACAUACAAGUAACACCCAGCAUGGGCACCGUAUAUAAUUCCACUCCUCGAAAAUACAUAUCCAAACCAACCACCACCACAGCAAAAUAGAGAGAGAGAGAGAGAGAGAGAGAAGAGAGAGAAAGAGAGGAAGAAUGGAAGGAGAUAAUAGGAAUGAGGCAUAUAGAGAGUGCUUGAGAAACCAUGCAGCCAGCUUGGGGAGCUACGCGACCGACGGGUGCGGCGAGUUCACAUCGGACGACGCCUCCCCGGGCAGCCUCCACUGCGCGGCGUGCGGCUGCCACCGCAACUUCCACCGGAAGGUGACCUACGCUGCCGCCCACGCCGGCGGCGGGGGGCUGAUGGUGUGCCGGUCGGGCGGCCGGGACGCCGCCGAGUUGGCCGGUGGGGAGCUCGUGGAGUACGGGCGGGGGAGGCAGCUGAACAUGGCGGCGGAUUCGCCGGAGAGCGGCGGCGGCGGAGGCGGAGGGGGGAGGAAGAGGUUCAGGACGAAGUUCACGGCGGAGCAGAAGGAGAAGAUGAUGGCGUUCGCGGAGAAGCUGGGGUGGAAGAUGCAGAGGAAGGAUGAGGAGGAUGAGAUCGAGAGGUUUUGCAGGAGCUUGGGGGUGAGCAGGCAGGUGUUCAAGGUGUGGAUGCACAACCACAAGAACUCCUCCUCCAACUCCACCUCUGCUUCCACAGGCAAUGCCUCCUCCCUCACCACUCAGUAGUACA